AUGCCUUCGAAGGAUAUGGAUUCGGCCUGGAGCCCCGCCCUGGAUUCCGCUCAAACUCAGCAAGCGGCCCAGUCUUCCUCGGACUUUCUAUGGGUGGACUGCCAAGAUGGAAAGUCCCAGGAUGCCGGGGUUGCCCGCACAACGCAGGCGUUUUUACAGACGAAAUAUCAUAAACUGCGUCGCAAAACGCAGUUACAACAAUUGAAAGCCUCCAUGAAAGCACUUCCGUCUUUGCGACCCCCUCUACCUCCAGCCUCCGAAACGGAUACUUCCUCGCAGAAAGAAUACAAAGAAGACUGUAUUAUGACCAAAGCUGGCUCUCAUCAACUACCGAUCAAGCCGAAUGACCGCCGAAUGCAUCAAUCGCUUCAAUUGAAGGUCGAGGAUAUUCUUCCUGCUGUAUCUCCACGGGUAAGACAGAGCGUGGACUUUUACUUCGACUACUUCAGAACUCAAGGUUCACGCAGGUGGUACCCUAUGGGCCAAAGUGAAAUGUUGAAAUGUAUACUCCGCAACUCAUUCGACCAACCUUCGCUAAUGGAGGUCAUCGUAUCAAUGAGUGCCUUUGACUAUGCCAUGAGCUUCAAAGCACAAGAGGCAUCGAGUCCCGUUGUGCAUCGAUCUCUGCAGGACGCGUUUUAUAUACGGUCUCACGUUAUCAGGUCCAUCCAAGCGUUAUUGAACAAGCCAAAUGAGAUCUUCUCCGAAUCUGCCGUGCUAUUGAUCGGGCACCUGUUUAUCACGGAGGCCCUGGAGGGGAAUGUGAAUGCGGUCGACGCACACACUCAAGGUCUCGUGAGAAUUGUACAUGCUUUAGGAGGCCUCGAAAACGUAGGGGAGUGGCCUUUGGCAAAUAUCUAUUCAUGUGACCCUAUAAGAGGUCUUCUGAAAGAAUCCCCGCUAGUCUUCGAUAUACCGAUGGACUGGGAGAUGAGAGCUUUUUCCGCAGUCGCUGACCGGGCAAGGCCCAUCCGCCCACUAUAUCCCGUGCUCGGUACUUGCUUCUUCAAGUCCCCUUGGUCUCAAGCCAUUCAUCCUCGCCUGAGAACAAUUAUCCGAGUAUUUCAAGAUAUUGUCUGUAUAUAUGAGGAAACGCUCCGCUUCAACGCGGAUUUGCGUCUGAAUGACCACAACUGCGCCCUGCUUUUGGCCAACCGACUUCAUGCAGUGCCGUACGAUUUUACUAUCUCUCCUUUUAACGAGACAGUCCGACUUGCGAUCACACUCUACAUUCUAACAAGGGUAUGGGAAUUCCAACCAAAGGUAGAAAAACUUGUGCAAAGUCUACACGAUCGUGUGGAGGAGAACGUGGAAUUUUUGGAGAAGUCAGCGCCCGAUCUUUUCUUCUGGAUGCUUUUCAACGGCGCCUUUGCUUCGGCGGGCUUUACAUGUCAUGUGUGGUUCGUCACACGUCUUAAGGAUCUCGCUAGAGAGUUAUCCCUCAGUAAGUGGGAAGACGUGGCAGGGUUUCUGGAGGGGUUCUUCUUUGUCCGUCGGUCUAGGAAUGAGUCUGCCAGAGUGUUUUGGCAAAAGGUGGUGGUCGAACCAGACAUUGAUUGUGUGGAAGUAGAUACAAAAAUUACAUCGCCAUAA